CAUGCGCGCUGGGCGGCCUGUCUGUGAGAGUGUGUUCUCUUCAGGCCCUGGUAGCACCCGGGGGACAAUGAAGCAGAAUUCGAGCGUGCCGGCCUUCCUGAGCAAGCUGUGGACCCUGGUGGAGGACUCGGACACCAACGAGUUCAUCACGUGGAGCCAGGUAGGGCUGGGGUGGGUGCCGUAUUGUGCCAGCUGGGGAUGGGCACGGCGCUGGCCCUGGCAUGCUGCUGGGCCCUGUGUGUGCUUUGUGCCUGCAGACGCCUUCCUUGGGGCCUCCCUGCGGGUACCGGCCACAUAUCAGCAGGGAAUAACCGGCCCAGGCCCUCAUUCAUUCCCAGUCUUGGAUCACUGUCUUCAGCAAUGUUACAGACUGGACCUGCUCUUACUGCAAUCACGUUAUAUACUAUAUAUGGGGUCUGACUGUUAGCAGAUCCAUAAAUAUCCAGCAACAAGUGAGGAUUUGUCCUGUUUAAACACUUAACAGUGCUCCUUUUUAUGGGGUACAGGUGUGUGGAAGUGCAGGAUGCUUAAACCUGAAAUAAAGGAAAGGUAUGUGCUGCUACCCCCAAAUAAGGGAAAAAGAGAAGAAAAUAAUAGCAAUUUAAUUAGUUGAUAAAAACGUAUAUGAAAUGCCACAAAAACAGCAGGAAACCUAUUAGCGGCACUCUCUCCACCAUGGCAGUAAAUAUGCUCCCAAGUUCUCGGUGCCAGCAACAAUGCUCGCUCCAUUCUCACAAAAAUAGCAAUACCGCACUCAAAAGAACUUAAUGAAAUGAAAAGAGAUAUCUGGAGAACGAUUAUGCUUGUAGUUCGGAUUUAUUACAAUAUUGUUAACAAAGCAUGGCCACCAUAAUAAGCGGCAGUGUGAUAAGAGUUGUAACUAACAAAUCUCUGUACUAAGCAUCAACAUAGAGAGGGGUGGGGGGGGGAGAUACAGAAAAAAACAACUAAAUGCAUUUCACGUCACUACUGGAUGCAUUCUCAAGACUUGAGUCUAAUAUGGGCUCCCAAAAGACACAAAUAGGUGCUGUUGAAAUCAUUGAAGUUAAUAUAACCACAAAUAUGGACUGAUGCAAACACACACAAGAAAAGAUAAACCGUUUAAAAAAGCAUUUCACAUCUUUAAAGAUAAUUUUACAUGUCUGAACUAAACCCAGAUUUUAUAGAAGUCUACUACUGUGACAAAGUACCCCAAUAUUGGUGGAUUACAGCUUUUUUUUUUCCUUUUCAAAAAGGAACACUAUAGGCCUAUGGUCAGGGUCAUGAACAUGUAUUCCUAUAGUGUUUAACUAUUUAGUCCAACUUGUCUCCCUAAAUAUAGCAAAAUCUUACUUUUAUUCCAGUGUGCUGGCUCUGCCCGUGAUCAGCCUGCUUGCCUGACAUCAUCAGAAGUGAUUCUCUCAGCCAAUUAUAAUGCUUUCACAUAGGAAAGCAUUGGAUUGGCUUACACUGUCAAAAUGGCAGAUCAGAGGCAGCGCCAGCACAAGUCAAACACAGCCCUGGCAAAUCAGUAGCUCCUCAUUGAAAUGCAUUGAAUCGAUUCAUCUCUAUGAGGAAAGUUCAGUGUCUCCAUACUCCAGGAUGCACCUGCAGUAGAUAUCUGAGGAGUGACCAGUGGAGGCAUCACUAGGCUGUAAUGUAAACCCUGUCUUUUCUCUGAAAAAACAAUAUUAACUGCAAAAAGCCUGAAGGAAAUGAUUUAUACUUACACAAAUACAAUAAGCUGUAGUUGUUCUGGUGACUAUAGUGAAUUAAGUGGUCUGGAUACAAUGUCCCUGUCCUUAUAACCCUGCUACUAUAAAUAUUGCAGUUGGUUAGAAACUGCAAUGUUUACAUUGCAGGACUAAGUCCACCUCUAGUGGCUGUCAUCCUGACAGCCUUUACAAGUGCUUCUGUUGUACUGAAUAGAAUUCAGUCAUGUGAGGCGGAAGCUCCAUAGUAUAGCAUUGAUUUAGUGCUUUCCUAUGGGGGUAACUUGAAUACAUGCAUGGCACUCGUCACACAUGCCUGUUAGGUCCUCAGUGUACCUCUGAGAGGUAUGGGCUUCUCCAUGAUGGUAAAACCCUAAACACCUCGGAGGUGCACUGGGUACCUAAUAGGUCACAGGAAGCCAGCCCAGCGGUGAAUAUUUUGGAGAAAAAGAUGCCACUUUUUACAUCACUUGCUUCACAGUAUGAUGUUAAAAAUACCACCCCCUCCUUACGGUACACAAAGGAACGCUUAGAUUUAAAAUAAAAAAAGUGUGUGUGUGCGUGUGAGAGAUAAUGUGUCUUGGUACAGAAGUUUACCGCUGCUUUAUUGAAGCAAUAAACAUAUGGAUGAACCUUUCAGUCUCCGAAUGGGACUUUUAUCAAAAUGAAAUAAAUGGGCGUAAUGCUGUUUAAAUAGACCGCCAGACAAUUGAGGGUGAUUCAGUCUGCGGAUGCAUUAAAAACGAAGGUGACAGAGAUCCAUGGAGAUGGCAUUAAAGAAGAUCGAGGGUGGAAGAAAGUGGGCAGGCACUAAAAAAAUGGAUGCAAACCUCUCUAACAAGGAAACUGAAACACUGUGCUUCAUGAAGAUAACUUUUAUCCUUAAAUGUUUGUUUUUUUUGAUUUAUUAUUGUAAAUUAUUCCUUUUACAAUACAUGAUAGAUAAAAGGAAAGUAUAUAAAGUUUUACAUAUAUAUUUUGCAAAAGUAGCUGUGACCAUGGUUUUCUGUUUAAAAUGUUACACUGACGUGUGGAGAACUGCCCCCAAUGAUUGGGUAGCAUCACUGACGACUCUUAUAUCUUAUUUUUAUUUCAGAAUGGGCAGAGUUUUCUUGUUCUGGACGAGCAACGGUUUGCUAAAGAGAUUCUUCCCAAAUAUUUCAAACACAACAACAUGGCAAGCUUUGUAAGGCAGCUAAACAUGUGUAAGGUUAUUUUUUAUUUAUAUAUAAUUUUGGAUGCUUUCAUUUUAUAUGCAAUACUUUUCUAUGCACAUGCUGUAUGUAGGAUCCUGAGGUUAUGCAUAAGAGUAUCACAUGAUGUUUAAUAAAUUCCCUUUCCUCCUUUCUGUCUUUCCAGACGGUUUCCGUAAGGUAGUACAUGCAGAUUCUGGAAUUGUGAAGCAGGAGAGAGAUGGGCCAGUGGAAUUUCAACACCCAUUUUUUGUCCAAGGUCAGGACGAGUUAUUGGAGAACAUAAAGAGAAAGGUUAGUUUAUUUAUGGGAAAAGUGUAUACAUCACUGUAUUGUAAAAGGCUAUAGUACAUGGCAAUGAUCAUAGGUGAAGUUGAGCUUGUUUUUUUUUCUUCUUCAUGGAAAUAAUUGCUCUAAUGUAGUAUCCCAUAACAUCAGACUCUAAAACUUGCCUGACGUUCCAGAUGCAGCUUUAUAUGAAAUUUAAUUUAACAAAAUAUGUUAGCUGUUUUUCUAAAAUAGACAAGUUUUCCCCAUAAUAGUUUCUCUUUACACAUUUGCCAUUUUUGACUGUUGCUCAUUAUGCCAACCCCUUCCAUAGAUGAAUACUAGUUGUCCAAGGAUUGACUAAAAACGUGAAAUUGCACACAAAGACUCCUUGUACCUAAUUACUCAAAAGGUUGGCUAUGAUGCUUAUUGUCCCUUUAAAACACCAUAACUAAUAUAGUUCAGGGCAAUAAGUCUGUUGGUGGCAACCAUGGUUUAGGAUGUCAUUUCCAUUCCGCCUAUCAGUGCUGUCCUGGUUGGACAUAAUUGUUAUCGCUAAUUCUUCUUUGUCUAUGUGUUUGAAGAAGGGUGGUCUCAGAAUAAGAGGGAGAGUCCAGCUUUUUGUAAUGUCAAAAACCAAGCAAACCACCAAAUGCAUAGGUUGUCAUCAUUAGAUUAUUCGAAAUUUACCAUAGGUAGGUACAUUUUUUUUUUUUCUUGCAAAAUAUAUAUUACAAGGCUUAACAUUAAUAUUAUAUCUACACUUUUUUAAAAGCAUACAUGUGGUUUUGAGAAAAGCUGUAUUACCAAUGUAUUUUUAUUUGUGUUGAUUUCAGAUUUUAUUUUCUUUUUUUGCCAUCUUAGGUGUCUUCUACAAGACCUGAAGAAGUAAAAGUAAGACAGGAAGACAUUACUAAAAUCUUAAGUAGUGCUGCUAAGGUGCAGGUCAAACAAGACACCAUUGAUUCAAGGCUAUUUACUUUAAAAAGGUAAUGCAUUUGGAAUUUUUAUUUAACUUAGACUAUUGGGACUGAGGGUGGUGCUUGGCAAGUGGGACUUAAAAAUCCAUCCCUCAUUAUGUCUAGUAUGCCUUAGGCAAUCCCCUUUUAGCAGGUGUAGUACAGUAAGAGGGGGAGAGCAAAGUUUGAGAGGCCAGGUAAUUGAGGGAAUUAGAAAUAAAGAUGAAUGAAAGCUGAUUUGACAAGGCUACAUACAGAGCUAAUAUUCCAAAGGUCCCAGUGAAAAGAGGGAGCAUAAGUGGAAUGUGUAUAAUGUUGAAGGGUUGCUAGGGGAAAUAGGAAGAAAGGAAGCAGGCCUAGGGUUAGUGAAGACUUGCUCCGCUUGCAGGAGCAAUAGAGUUAAGGGAGAUGGAAGUGAGAUAUAAAGGUGCAGGCAGGGGACUGAUGUCUAAGGGAGAAGAAGGUGUGUCUGUAGAAGAGAGGAACAAGCGUGCAGAGUAUUGGAGGUGGUAAAUGAAACAAUAAAAAACUGUGACAACAGGGAAGUAGGAGAAUAAAUUGGACAACAUUUUAGAUGGGUGGUGGAGGAGAAUAUAUAAAAUGAAUGUGGAGCCUGUGAUGCAGUGAGGCAUGCCAAAUAGCUUAAUAAUUGGGACUAAUAACUACUGCUCAGGAUCUGAUCGGGAACAGUCACCUGUUGAAAAGUGUGUUUAUAUUUGUAAAAUGAAAACCCAAAAAAAACUUUUGAAAGAGAGAGUGGCAGUACUGUCCAAAGUCAUGUUGAACUUGUAUCCGCUUUAUAGAAAGGAAAUAGAUGGUCAGCUUAAACAAGUAUUAGAGGGCGAGUGUCAUAAAAUGGGGCAGGGUUAAUGGUCCAGAAAGCAAUUACAUGGAACUGGAAAUAGCUUUCUGACAAUCUGUAACUUUCCUAAAAAAUUUAAUGGGUGAAUUCAUUAAUUAGUUCUUGAAUUUCAUACAGAAGUUUGUCUUUUGUUUCAGAGAAAAUGAAGCAUUGUGGAGAGAAAUUUCAGAUCUUCGUACCAAGCAUAACAAUCAGCAACAAGUUAUUCGAAAGGUAUAUGAUUUCUUCACAAGGUGUUGUUUUUUUUUUUUUUAAUUAUUUUUUUAAUUAUAAAUACUCCACUCUUUCCAGCUUUGCUUCUUUGAUCUAAAAAUUUAAACCCCCUGGUCUAUUCAAGAUAUGUUAAAGAACCUUGACGAGGCGCGGGGGGAUUCUGUCAACCUUUGUAUUUAGGCACCUCCUCAUAGUACUUCUUGAGCAACCUUUUACAUCUGCUUGGUGAUAUUUGCUAAAUCUGAUUUAAAUCUGUCUGCACUGCUUCUUACAGUUUAUAUCCUCCCACCUUAGUGGAUUACCUGAAACGGUUCUACCAAAGAAGGGGGUAACCCUAAAUUGAUUAGUUAAACAAGAAAGGGAAGAAACAAAGAGUCUGGGAAAACAGAAAACCUUGAAAGGGAGAAACAGAAAUAAUGAUAUAAAAACAACCUAUAUUAAAUACGAAGGGUAAAGUUAGCAAUAAAUCUAAAAAUGUGUAUCCAAAAACUUAAGAGGGAUCGAGGUCCUAAGAGACUAUAAUAAUAGUCCCAUUAUAAAUAGGGUAGCAAUAAGCCACCACUGAGUGAUAAGGACAGAGAAAGUGAAUGGUAUCUCUUGUCCUAUUGUGUUUUAUACCCCACCUCCUAUAGACUGUAAGCUCAUUUGAGCAGGAUCCACUUCAACCUAUUGUUCCUGUAAGUUUUUUGUAAUUGUCCUAUUUAUAGAUAAUCUGUGGGCGCUAUAUAAAUGGCAAUAUUAAUAAAAUAAUAAUAAUGUAAAAGGGAAAUAACAAUAAGUGGUCUACCCCCUAAUUCCUUCUCAAAAAAAAUUAUGGAGGCAAAGAUAAGUUCUCUCAAAAAUGACUAAUUUGUAAUGCAAUAUAGAUCACCAUAGGGAAGAUAGACUCCUAAAGAUUUUACUUUAAAACUUUAUAUGGCCCAAUGAGAAGGUCAUGGCAUAGACCUUAUAAUAAGAGCUAACAAGUGAAUGAAACAGGAGGUAAAGACAAACAAAAAAAGGCAAUGAGGGGGGGGGGGAGAGACCAACAGAAAAAUCUUACCGUACAAUCUAUCCCUAGAUACUUUGGCACCGUGGUAAACCACUAGUGCCUACCUAAACCAUCUAGCCCUACGGUCACUAGUAACAUAACCAUCAAAGAAAACAACGUGCUACCCAUAGUGAUAAAAACACACUCAAAGUGAGCUAUAACAGUGGUGUAUAGACAUGCCUCUGCAGUCUCACUGCUCAGUUCUCUGCGGUUCAUGAGUUAAAUCACUUUGUUUAGAUAGCCCUAGUCACUCCAUCCUGCAAGUAACUGCACAUCAUUCCUAAACACUUCCUCAAAAGUGAGAUCCUUUAUUGCAAGUUCUGUUUAAUUUCAAGUGUAUCUUCUGCUCUGUUAUUAGCUUGCUAGGAGGCCUUGCAGGAGCCUCCUGUAUGUAAUUGAAGUUCAAUAUACAGAGUAGGAGAUAAAAUCUUCUCAAGUAAGUUAAAGGGAUUCUAUAGGGUCAGGAAUACAAAUGUGUACAAAUUUUAAACUCCCUUUUUGGAACAUUUAACCCCCCUAAAUAUAGUACAAUCUUACCUUAUUUCCAGUGCUGUGUGGGUUUGCUGGGUCUGCUGGCCCUCUAUAAGAUCAUCUGAUUGAAAUAACAGAGAUUUACUCUGCAAUUUCCUUGGAAGAGCCUGUAGUGGCUGUCUGAAUGACAACAACUAGAAGCAAUUGAACCCUGCAAGAUGGGGCUGUUUUCAGCUACAGGACAGCUGCAUUGAUUAUCCCUAAUCUGUGAGAGAGAUUUUGACCAGAAUAUAAUUCUUUGUAACAAAAUCUAUUGAGGAGAACACGCUUUAGUGGUGACAAUCAUUGUUUGCUCUUCGUACGUGUGCACACCAUAAUUGCGGAUAAUAUAGAGAGCAUGGGUAGUCUCUCCCUCCCUGUGUGGGAUAGGCAUAAGGCUAUCCUAGACUUAAGAUAAGGCCAGGGACUAAUGAAAGUAUUUCGAAAUAUUGGGCAGACUAGAUGAGCUGAAUGGUUCUUAUCUGCCGUCACAUUCUGUUUCAAUAUUGCAAAAUGUUAGCAAUAUUAGUAAUAAAGGCAUUACACCACUUUUUUUGUAUGUGCAUUUGCUUAAUCAGAUUCUGUUUAUUGUUCAAACUUAUUUUAAGGUCAUAUCACAUUUAUCAGGGUCAAGUAGUUCAGUAGUAUAGAUAAUUUAGUGGUUCACAGAUGUUACAACUGUAGGCUUUGGGAGCACUUCUGAUUUUGCAAUCCCCAAUUCCUUGUGUAAUUUGCUUUGUAAAAUUUGCUAUGCAAAGUUCCGCAGACUUUUUAUUUCAUGGUGACUUGUUUUAUGUCUCUGCAGAUAGUGCAAUUCAUUGUGACAUUAGUACAGAAUAACAGACUAGUCAGUCUGAAGAGAAAACAGUAAGCAUUUUUUUUUUUUUUUUAUUCUGUUAAUUAAAAGGGAACUAUCACAAAAGAAUGGUAGUAUUAAUAAGAUGGAAGUAAAAAUGUUCUUUGACCAAGUGGUUUGUUUUUAAAGCCUUUUUAAGCAAACCCUAUCAAUAGGAUAAUUGUAACACAUUUAAUGUAAUCAAGUUUUUGUGAUACUUCCCAUUUAAUUAUAAAUACUACCUCCUAAAUGUCAUCUCACCUCUCUUCUGUUUCUUUCUAGGCCAUUGCUACUCAACACAAACAGUUCUCCAAAAUCCACGCUUUUACAGCCAUUAGUUAAAGAGACGGGAGAAGAUAAACAUGUAAGCUUACUCAAACUAAAAAUGUCCAUAUUUAAUAUCUUAAACAUUUGUUGUUUUAGUGAUUCUAAUUUCUAUAAAACCAAAGUAUCAUGUAUUGUGUGGGAUUGUUUUAGUGUUGUUGGUUUUUUUUUUUUUUGGUAGCAUAAUCUGCAUCCCAUGGUUAUUCAUAAAAAUGUGAAUUGUUGGGAAUUCAAAAUAUUUCCAUCUUUAGCCUAAAAUAGUUGAAUUAAAAACAGUUUACUUGGAGGUUUUUUCCAAUUUGGAUAUUUUUUUCCUAAAAUGUGAAUUAAAAGUACCUAUAGUUCCCAAAACAACUUCUGCUUAAUGAAGGAGUUUUGGUGUAUAGGCCAUGCCUGUGCAGCCUCACUGCUCAAUUCUCUAUUUAGGAGUUGAAUUACUUAUGUUUAUGUAGUCCUUGUUACACCUGCCUGCAUUUGACUCGCACAGACUUCCUAAACACUUCCGGUCAAGAGUCCACUAAUGUUUACACUUCAUUUACUACAGAUUCAGUUUAAUGUAGAUUUUCUUGUCUCCUGCUAUGUUAGUAGCUUGCUAGACCCUGCAGGCGCCUCCUGUAUGUUAUUAAAGUUCAUAAAUUAAAUUAAAGUUCAGCCAGGGGAGGUGUGGCUACGGCAGCACAAACAAAGCGAUUUAACUCCUAAAUGGCAGUGGAUUGAGCAGUGAAACUUCAGAGACAUGAUCUAUACACAAAAACUGCUUCAUUAAGCUAAAGUUGCUUUGGUGACUAUAGUGUCCCUUUAACUUGGAAAUUCUGGCAAUCCGUAUUUUAGUGAAUUACUAACUCUGUAACAAUUACUCACAAACACAACUUAUUCAGUUAUAGAUUUAAAGGAAAGACAGAUCAUUAUUGUUGCGUUUUUUGUUGAUAUUGUUUUAAUAAUAAUGUGAUGUGUUUGCAGGUUCCUCUUAGAACAGAAGGCCUGAAAAGAGGAGACAUUUCUGAGGACAUUGUCAUCUAUGAUAUCACUGAUAAUAUGAUGGAUGAGGAGGAGGAGGAGGAGGAGGAGGGAGCAGAGGUGACUGAAGCAAGAACUCUGGCUACUCCAGAAAAAUCUGACGACAUUGCUUCAGACACACUGAAGUUAGUAAUAUAGGUUUCCAAAUAAUAAAGCCUGUUUAAUAAAUCUAUAUUUUAUACAAAUUGUGCAGAAUUAAUUUGAUCUUGCUUAGCUGCACGCUCUCCCCAUUUUCUUGGUGUUUUUCAAAGCUGGAUACCAAAUUUGUCGAUGGGAAUUUAAAUCUCAUUGACACUUGCGAAUCAAAGGGUAUUUUUUGUGCAGCUCAAGAGAAAAUUUAAAGAUCAGCAGCAGAAGGUGGCAUGUGUGAAAUAUUCUGUCUUGAUGAACUAAAGCUUAUUUUUAAAGUUUUAUUAAUAUGUAAAUAUCUUGAUAAUCUUGAAGAUUUAGUGUUAGAAAUUGUAACUUUUUUUUAAUUUCAUGUUUCUUUAUUAGUGACAGGCUCUCUCCUGAAAUUGUCAUAGUGGAAGAUGACAGCGAGAAUGAAGAUGUUCCAGUUGUGCAAGAAAAUAGGUUUGCAGAGGUGAUCGGUCCCUUGAGCCCCAUUGGUGAAGACAUUUCGAGCCCCAUGAUGUCCACUGCAGUGCAGCUUAACAGCCUGUCCUCUCUAUCUUCAGAAGACCCCGUAACAAUGAUGGAUACCAUACUCAAUGAAAGUGGUGUUAUUUCUCAGAAUAUUAAUCUACUUGGAAAGUAAGCAGUCCACUUACAUGUGUGUGCGUGUUUUAUUUUUUAAUUCUAGAGUAUAUGUUGGUGGCUGUUUGUUAUUUUAAUGGUAGUAUACUUGAGAUGUAGAGCUGAACACAUGCUGAUGGGUGGGUAUAUAGAAGUAAAGAUCAAGUUAACAUUCUGAGUUGUGUUUUUUUGUUUGUUUUUUACUACUUUUUUCCCAGUAUACUUAUUAUUUUCCCUUCUUUUUCAGAGUUGAACUCUUGGAUUAUUUAGACAGCAUUGAUUGCACCUUAGACGACUUCAAAGCUUUACUGUCUGGGCGUCAGUUCAGCAUAGACCGGGAUUUGCUGGUAGAUGUAAGAAACUAUUUAUUCAAAAUUUCCACUUAUUUUAUGUUACAUUUUAUAUCAGAAGCUUAAUAUUCAGCACUAUUAAUAAAAUCUCAACUAACUGUUGAUUUACUAUAUGCGGAAAAACUUGGAUUUCAGGAAGCAGCUGUGUUGUCUAAGCAUUUCAGUGGUGUACACUUUGUAUUCUAUAACCACCUGCCAAGGGUUUGCAUCUGUUUAUCAGCAGUUGUCCAUUGCAACAAAUGCAUUUUGAGACACAUCAUAUUACUAUACAAGCAUAUAUUAGCUUGACACUCUGCUUCAUUCUUAUUUUCUUUAUAAAAGUCGUAGCAGUACAAUAUAAACUGUCAUAGCAUGCUAUGAGGAAGUCUGUUCAAGUUAGAGAAGAACUGUAUGGUGUGCAAGAUUUAAUUGUGGUUGUGAACACUGAUGUUUUCCUAUUACUAAUUACUGUGGAUAUUACCUAUUUGACCUCUGACCAUUAAUUAAGUGAUGCUCCUCCUUGCUGCAGCUUUCAGUCUGUGCAGAGAAAUUUAUUUUUAUUUUAUUUAUAAAAUAUUUUACUAGGAUGGAUACAUUGAUAUUUCUCGUUUUCAAGUAUGUCCUGGGUACACAAAACAUUGCAUUGAUACAAUAUUACAAAAAUACUUUAUAUAUUAUAUAUUAUAAACUAGGGAUCGACCGAUUAUUGGUUUUACUGAUAUCAUCGGGCGAUAUUCUGUAUUUUCGGCAAUAUCGGUAUCAGCCAAUAGAGAUACCGAUAAUACGUACCAGGACCGCCAGGCCCAUUACAAGCCCGGCGGCCCUAGGGGGCCGUAGCAAGCUGUUGCUUACCUUACCAGCAGCUCCCUGUGUAAAUUUUGCAAGUCCCGCGGCCGCAGAGCGUUGCCACGGGUUACCAUGGCAACGCUCCGCGCGGCACCCUGGCCGCGAGAUUUACACAGGGAGCUGCUGGGAAGGUAAGUAACAGCUUGCUGCGGGCCCCCACUGCUCAGUACAUACCACUGCACAACCAGGGAAUUACAUAUUUCCCCUCCCCCUCCCUGGCCAGGUAACAAGCAAGGAGAGGGGAGGAAAAAAACCCCAUAUAAAUAUUAAAUAAAAUUCCCCCCAUUUUACACAAAUUACAUCCCUUCAGAAACACACACACUCUGCAUUAUAUACACAAUAAAGAAACGCGCACACAUUCUACAUUAUACACACACACACACAUUCUACAUUAUACACACACACACACUCUGCAUUAUAUAUACACACACACACACUCUGCAUUAUGCACACACACAUACUCUGCAUUAUACACCCAAACACACUCUGCAUUAUACACCCACCCACACACACUGCAUUAUACACACACAAACACACUGCAUUUUAUACACACACAAACACACUGCAUUAUACACACACAAACACACUGCAUUAUACACACACAAGCAUUCACUUUACACACACUACACGCACAGUGCAUUCACUUUACGCACACUACACGCACACUGCAUUCACUUUACGCACACUACAUUCACUAUAUGCACACUACACACACACUGCAUUCACUAUAUGCACACUACACACACACACACACACACACACACUCUGCAUUCACUAAAUAUACAUACUACACAAACACUCACUGCAUUCGUUAUAUACACACUGCAUCCACUACAUGUGGCAUGUAUAUUUUGUGCAUUUACCUUUAGAAAUAGUUAAUUUUUUAAAAUAGUAAAUGUAGAAUAUAAACAGAAUAUUGGCAAGUUAUCGGCCUGAAAGUUCACAGAUUAUCGGUAUCGGCUCUAAAUAAACAAUAUUUUCCCUAUUCUAAACACAUAGCUGGUAAUAAAUAUAUUCAACCAUGACAGGUGCAUUCUGUGAUGAGGUAUAUUGCCAAGAUUUUAGAUUGAAUGAAGAUAUGAUGUUACUCUACUUUUGCACUUCUUUACAGAAGCCUACAAGGCUUACUGCUACUGUGUACAGACAUGUUAAAUCUGCAUAUUCCCAUAUUGUGCAAGAGGUUUGGGAAUGUGGACUUUGCAAAAUCAUUAAAUUCUUUCCAAAUAUAACAUAUAUGCUUUAAGUGCUUUUCUAUGAUAUAUGGUCUAAAAUUAAAAUUCUAUACAAAUUAUUCUGAGCUUUGCUAAGGAAUUGUAAAUCAUUCUGUACUGUAUAAUAACAAAUUCUAUAUAUGAGCAGUUCUGCAGCAGAUGAAUUAACAAAUAUUGUCUAUUUUUCCUUUAUCUUAAAUAUUUUCCCAAAAUAGCAGUCUGCACAUCUAGUUGCUAUAUUUGAUGUGCUAGCUGUGUGUACUGGGUUGAAAAUAAAUUGUUUUGAAAAAUAUUUUAAAGCUAGCAAUCUAAGUAUUGCUUUAUGUUAAAAACAAAACCGUUUUGGUUAAGCAUUUACAGCAACAUUGCCAUUGGGAUAGUCAGAUUUUGUUUUCUUCUAAUGCUCAUUAAGAAAAGUUGUUUGACACCUUUAUGAUAUCCUGUAGCUGCCAGUACUCUUUUCCAUGAGUUAUAUUUCUCCAACAGUUGAAGUUGUUGUAAAGCAAAAACGUUCUCUUUGUGAAAUGACAUGAUAUAUUCCUUCACUAGCCCAAGUGUGUGUUUUUUUUUUUUUGUUUUUUUGUUUUUUAAACUUCAAAUCAUGCCCAAAAGUAAAUUGCAGAUUAUUCUAGUCUAGGUGAAUAAAUACUGACCGGAGGCAUUCACAUACUGAACAGUGCAUUUAAAAAAAAAGCAGCAUUCCUAUCGUAACUAAAGAAUCAAUAGAAAAAUGACAUAUAGUUCAAAAGGCAUAUCCCCAAGAGUAACCUCCUCUUUCUCCUAAAAAACAAAAACAGAAGUAUAACACAACCUGGAAAGCGAAAAGUGUUGAAUAAUGACUGUCUUCCUAUAUUGAAACUCAACUCUCACAGCUCAGAGGAUCAAGAUAAUCCAGUAGAGAUCACACUAGAAAAGAAACUGUCAUAGUAUCGUGAAAUAACGUGUAACUGUAAUGCACAUACUAAAACAAGAGUAAACAUGAAUAUAUGCACUCAAAAGAUGUUGUUGAGAAACUGCAAUGUUUACAUUAAAGGGUUUAACCCCUUAAGGACGGCAGGCGUUCUAAGCCGUCCUUGGGGAACUGGUCCUAAACGCCGGCGGGCGGCAUAGAACGUCCCUGGUGUGCUAUGUACUUACCCGGUGUGGGGGAAUCCCCUGGCAUCCCAGGGAGUCCCCCUGCUUCCAUUCCGGCCCUUAUGGGCCAUGUGACUGCGAGGACCUCACGAUCACAUGGUAAAAAAAUUUUUUUAGAUACAUUGUGUGUGUGUGUGUGUGUGUAUAUAAUAUAUAUACACACACACUGUAUUGUGUAUUUUAAUAUAUAUUAAAAUGCACGCACAAUGAUAUUGAUUUUUUUUUCAUAUAUAUAUAUAUAUGUGUGUGUGUAAAUAAAGAAAUCCUUAAAAAAAUUAUAUACUGGUAUGUGUGUAGUUUCGUUCUAACUGUAUUUAUUAUUUACUAUUUAUUAUUUAUACUAUCUAUAUCUCUCAAAAUACACUUAGAACGAGUAUACAUAAGUGUAUAUGUAGGCAAUGUUGUGCUAUGGGGAAGGCUUAAUGCGCAUUAGGUCCUCCUCAAUAGUUGAAGAGGAGCAUGGCGACACUGGAGUAUGGUAUAUGUAAAAAAAAAAGUGUGUUUUUUUUUUUAAAUUAUUUUAUUUUCUCCUUUUUUGACACUGGUGGCAGUGCGCGGAUCUAGAUGGCAUUAAUGUGCUAGGAAUACUCUAUAGUAUUCCUUUAACUUUAGUUAAAAAAACUGGUUUCCACUGCUGCACAGACAUGCAUAUAAAUGCAUUUUUGUGUAUAUGUAUGAACUCAUUACUUAUCAUGCAACAUACGCAGAAUGGAAUUACCUCCUUUACAAAUUUUUCAUUUGCUUACUGUUCUCACAUUUUCCUUUUUCAGAUAUUCAGCAGUAAUGUGCAAAGUUCUACUGACUUUCUUAAGGGCUCAAAGGUAUGCAUCUCUAAAUGGAUACAACCUCUGUUGCUUUAUUUAGAGUAGUUUUAGGUGGGAUCAGUGAAGUGUAUUUCCUCUAUUCACUAUCUAGAAUAGUGAAGAAUCUUAACCUUAUUUGCAUAUACAUACUUUCUACCACCCUUACAAUUAGUUACCUACCAUGUAGUGACUGUUGCAUGGAUGCAAGUACCCAUUCUUUUUGCAAGUUAUAUGGUAAUGUCCCAGAAAAUCUUCUAUAGAGAGUCAAAUUAACCCAAAAAUGAUUCUCUAUUAAUGUAAUUGAGUGUGCCAGAUAUUGUAGAGAUUUCCAUAUCUGAAUACAGAAAUUAUCAGUAAUUAGUCUGAGUAUUGUCUUCCCUUCAUUACUGCACUUCGUUCUGUUCCUUUCUGUAGAAUGCAACUCCAAAUUUGAUCUUGGCCACUUUACAGCUUUGACAUGUCAUUUCAUCUUAAGUAUACUGGGUUUUAAUGCUGUAUUGACACAUCCUAAUGUUUUGAUGUGAGAUAAAUUCCUGCUCACACACACUAUGGACAAAAGUAGUGGGAUACCUGACAAUGACCUUGGAUUUUAAAUACAUAGACAUUAAUAUGUAGUUGGUUCUUCCUUUGCAGCUAUAACACAUUCCACUCUUCAGGGAAGGCUUUCUACAAGAUUGUGAACUGUUUCUAUGGGAAUUUUUGCCCAUUCAUGUAGUACAGCAUUUGUGAGGUCACAUACUGUUGUUGAAUGAGAAGCCUUGGCUCGCAAUCUGUUCCAGUAAAUCCCAAAGGUGUUUGAUGGGGUUGAGGUCAGGGCUCUGUCUGUUCCGGUCACGUUAUUCCACACUAAACUCAUCCGACCAUGUCUUUUAUAUGGACCUUGUUUUGUGCACUGGGGCAAAGUCCUGCUGGAAUAGAAAAAGGCCUUUCCAAACUGUUCUCACAAAGUUGGAAUCAUAGCAUUAUCCAAGACUUCCCUUUCACUGGAAUUAAGGGGCCCAAUCCUGAUAAACAGCCACAUACCAUUAUUCAUCCACCACCAAACUUUACAGUUGGUGCAGUCAGGCAGGUAAUGUUCUUGGCAUCCGCCAAACUCAAUAUCACUUAAAGCUGACUGAAUAUCUAGCAGGAAUGAAACUUCACCGACUGACUUAUUGCAAAGGCGGCAUCCUUUCACAGUACCACGUUUGAAUUAAUUGUGCUCUUCAGGACAACACAUAUUUUUCACAAUUGUUUGUAAAUGCAGACUUAAUGGCUAGGUUCUUGAUUUUAUACACCUGUAGCAAUGAGUGUGAUUGAAACCCAUAAAUUUAAUAUUUGCGCUGUCCCAAUAAUUUUGUCGUGUGUGUGUGUGUGUGUGUGUGUGUGUGUGUAUAUAUAUAUAUAUAUAUAUACACAUACAUACACACACACACACACACACACACUCCUUUUGGAGGGGGGAAUUAUGCAAAAUUCUGUUUUCACAGCUGCAGUGUUUCUUUCUUUGUACUGGCUUAUUCUUUCAUCAUUUAGAAAAAGGUUUCUAAAACUCUGCACCCUUGAUCACCCUGAACACAUGUUCCUAGAGAAGAGCCAUGCUAACAGAUCUUUAGCCAUAAAAUAUGCUGCCUGAACAGAUGCCAAAAAACUGGCAAACCAUUCAGAGCCAAAUCCCACUUGCAGCUUUCCCUCUUUUCACGUCAAAAUGCCUUUUUAUUUUUUUUACCACCUCUUUGCUCUUUACUUUGCUCUUUAAAAAAAAUAAGUUUGUUUUACCGCGAGUUGAGAUGUGCUGUUUUUAAUUAUUAAAUGCCUGUGUACUUACACAGCUGUUAUACUGGAGGAUCCGAUACUUUUUUCCACUUUUAUAGACAUCCCAUACCAUAGCACAGCAUUGUGAAGAUAGAUAAAAUAUAUUUUAUUAUAGUCUAAUAUGUAUGAAAAAAACACAUUUUGCAAUUUUUUUUUUUUUUUUUUACUUCUGUAACAAAGCACUGCAGAGAUGAGGUAAACGCGUUUUGAUUCUGCAGUUAUUGCAUACAUGAGUACAUAGAUGUCCCACUAUUUUGGGAAGAAAAAAAAUAUGAACCCAUAAAAAACCUGUUUGUUCAGCUGACAUUUUUUUUCUUGUUGUAUCCUUAAAUAAAAAGCAGAGAAUACCUUUGCUAGAAGAUCUGGUGUAAGUUGUGGUAAAUUUGAAUGUUUUACCCCAUACUUGUGAGGUAUUUGGGCAAAGCCUAUUUUAUCAUGGUAGUACUAGCCUGCCACUUGUUAUAAAGGGAUAACAUUAAAACAAAAACAUUCAGUUACAUCCCUUACAAUUACAGUUUUGUAUUAUGUUUGCGCCCCAACAAGAGUAUAAACCUGUAACUUGUUUUUUGAGUCCAUUAGUUUUAAUUCAUACAUUUAUAUUUGUUUUCUUUGAACAUAGCUGGAAAACAAAGGCAUCGAGUCCCUGAAAAGCAGUGGUGCCACACCAGAAGGAAGUAAUGCUGAUAGCCGGAAAUCUGGUAAGUCCCCAGUGUAUGACGAGCAUUUUGGAAUCUGUUGCUAUAAUAUUCAAAGUGGAAUGUACAGAAAGAUAUUAUGACAGAUGCAGAACAUAUGCCAUAAUAGCCUACCAAUUUAUAUUUACUUGCAGUUCUAUUGAGAAGAGGUUAUUUUGACAUCAUUUAUGUUCGUGGUGCUUGGGAAACACAAUGUCAGUAACAACACAGAUAUAUCCACAUAUUUGAGUGUGCAGUGGGUUUUCUAUCCGUCAGGUUGUUGACAACAGCAUAUGGUCAAGUAGGUGCCCAAGAGAUCUAACCCAAGCCAUUACACCUAGAGGUUCAUUAGCAGAGGUUGAGUAUCCAUACGCAUAUGCCAAGUGAACAUGGACAAAACUGAACCGAAAAGCAAAUGCAAGAGUAACAGAAUCCAAAACAUAGGAUUGAGCAAAUAACUGUGCAAAAAUUAAUAGCAAUGAAUACCCAGUGUUGUCAAGAAUGCUGAGGCCUCAGACACAGUUAAAUUUAUGUACAGUUCCAUUUUGGAUCACCAAUAAGGAUCUAGAUACUCCUCUAUAACCAAUACUGGCUGAGCAUAAUUGUGUCGGAAAGACCUGUGCCAUUGUAAGGUAGUUCUGGUUGAGUCCUGAUAAACAGCCAAUUGAGAGUGCUCAAAUGACAAGUGUCUUGCCCGGCCGGGCGGCCAAAAGUUGCCCCUUGUACUGGGAUGAUGAGGUGCAGUGAAGACUAAUAUCCUGUGGGGGUGGGUUUGCGUUGGCCAGGCAGUCUAUAUGCCCUGUCCAUGGUGAAUCUUCUAGCUACCUGGGGGGGCUGGAUGGGUAGCAAAGAUGCCACAAGACAUCAUAGGUAGUGAAGUAAUCACUCUGCCAAAAUUGCAGCCAGUAUGCUGUGGAUCUUAAUAUGGUUAUGCCUAUAAUGAUGUCCAAGGGCUGUCCUUUGAGGUGAAUAUCGGUUGGGUGGACUGGAGCUUAGAAAAGUGGUUAGUUAAAUACAGAAGUAUUGGGGUUUGUAAAGGAAGAUCUGCUCUGUUUUCAACUUUCUUUUUACAAUUCAUUAAUUUUUGAUUUAUAAAUGAAAAGCAGGUUAAUAAGAAAUUUAUUAUUGAGGAGUGGGAUUCUUGACUUGAGUAUUUUACUGUUGCAAUAAAAGAAGCAUAAAACUCACUGUCAAAUAAAUGAAAAAUAAAAUAUGUGAUGCUCCUCUACAGAUCAACAACUUGUGCAAUACACGAGUUUCCCACUUUUGGCACUUCUUGAUGGUGACUCUGGAGGAUACAACACAGAAGCACAGACUGACAAGUUGCAUGACAUGGACCAGUUUCUAGAGUCUAGCUUGGAUUCAGAACCGACACAAAGUAAAUUGGUGCGCCUGGAACCUUUGACAGAAGCAGAAGCCCAGGAGACCACUCUGUUCUAUUUAUGUGAACUUGCCCCAACACCUCUGGACAACGACAUGCCACUUCUGGACUAAUAAAUGUUGGGACACUGCAUAAUUGUACAUAUUCAUCAAAAUGAUGAACUAUUUAUUUGAGUAUUGGUACUCCCAUUUUUUUUUUCUUUGUAACUAUGUGUUUGCAAUUUUAUAUAUAUAUAUAUAAUUUUUUUUUUUUUUUUUACCCCUAGAAUAAAAUAAAGGAAAAAAAGCUAAACCUUCAUUUGGUUUUAGUAUCAAGGCCAGAUGUGGUUUUAACUAGUCUGAAAACCUGCACUUGUUCUUAAUUUUUGCAACUGUUGUUAUAAGAGGAAAUUAGUUUAUUUUUAAUCUGUAUAUUUAACAUUUAUAUACCCAUUCUCUUCUCUAAACAGAACUCCCUAAAUCGGUCACUCUAACACUAGCAAGACUGCUCCUUAUUAAAAUUUAGCAAAUUUAUAACCCAAUGUGGCAGCCAGUAUAUUAUGAAAAGUGUGGUGUGCCUUCUUUUUUAUUAGAACAUCUGCGUGGCAUCUUGGACAGGUGCUGCAAAUAUAAUUUACGCUUUAUCACAUGCUGGAACUUUACCGAUUGACAUUGAUGAAACACAAAGAAUAUGUGAUCUAGGAGCAUAAGAAGUGCCUGUCUUUAGUGUUCUUGUUGCACUGCAGUAAAAGUUUUUGUUUAGAGGGACCAACCAUUGUUGUUCGUUGAUACAAUAUUCUGUUUUUUUUUUUGUUUUUUUUUUAAAAGCUCGAUGCACUACUUACUGAAGGUGGCUUUAUUCUGCCAGUGAUGUGUUUUACUUAAAUAAACAUGGUCUGUCCUUUAUAAUGUCUAAAAGGUGUCUCGCAUAACAUCUCUACUUUAAAUGUUUGCAGUUAUUUAAAGACCAAAUUUGUUUUAGCUAAAACUAAAAGCAUUGAUGACAAAUUAUAGACAUGUGGUGUGAUUAGUGAUACA